UGUCAAGGAUACGAUAACAAACGUUCGAAUAAUUCUGAGGUGAUGCCCAUGUCGAUUGUAAAUUUUCAUAAAAAUAAAAAUUCAUAUUUUUUAAUUGUUUCCAACAUCCGAAGCAAAUUUUUUCUCAGAAGGGCACUACAUACGUUUGUGAGUUUUGUGAAUGAUCAUCUCCAACACUAGUUAUAUGUAUAAGUUACUUACAUUUGCUUAUUGGAUUUUUGUUUUUUAGUGUAAACAGUUGAUAAUUUUUACUAAUCAUCUAUCAUUUAUUAGACUGGGACUUUUUAUUCUGUGCAUGUAAUUCCAAAAUAGAAAAAUACCAACGUGAUUAUUAACAAUUUAUAGUAAAUUUUCAUUACACGGUUCUCAAAAGAUUUGAAAUUAGUAGAGAAAAAUAUCAAGAAAACCACAAGUAUACUGGCUCGACAAAUAUCGUGAUUUUAGGAGUAUGACUUCUUUAUUAUCGCUGUCAAGAAAUAAUGUAUCUUAUUAGAUGCAAAUUUAUGACACCAUCUGCAACUUAAACAGGGGUUUUAUUUGGCUGGUAUGCUUCUUCUAAACAGAAUCGGCUUGUCUUUAGAGGUAUCAGUUCACGAUGCUCUUUGUUUGCAAACGUAGGGCUUUGAAAAGUCAAAGUAAUAAAACUACUGCUUGCUCCAGUAUAAGAUUAGAAAAGUGUCUAAAGCAAGAAUCAAUAGGGGGUUUACGGAAUCAUGUAAAAAUAGUUAAUUACAUACAUUGCACUGGUAAGGGUGAGAAUCAGAAUGCAAAACCUGUUGUUGAUUGCUGUCCGAAGAGCAUGGGUGACGUUUCGACACUAUAUCCAUCUAGUUGCCUUACUUACUUACCUCAUUUUACGAUAUGUUUUAUUUGCGAUAGGAGAUUCUUUUUUCUCUAUGUAAUAAAUUCAGGUAGCAAUUUUAAUAAUGGUGGUUAAACCUAUGAAUAGAAUUCGAUAUCAGCGAACAGCUUUACCAUACUCGAAAUACGAGUUUUCAAAACAUUACAAAAAUACGUAAAAAGUUGUUUAUCAGGCUACAUUAUAAUCAUUCCUAGAAAGGCCUAGAUAUCGAUUUAAAUGUGUUUUAUGUGUUCAUUUCAUAAAGCAAUUAUUAAUAUUAUCCCCAAUGUAAACAAACGUAGGUAUGUAAUGUAAUUUAUACAGUUUAUUGUCACAAUUUAUGCAGUACUUUUUCCUCUAUUUCUAUCUAUCUAAUUUAAAGUAACAUAAUUUGUUUACGCUACACCUCGAGUCUGCAAACUGGUUCCUUUGCUUUAUCAGUUAACAUCCGUCUUCCUUUUCCUGGCAACUUAUCGUUAACUUCGCGAGUUAUCGCCAUCGACAUACCUGUGAAGUUCGCCAUUUAAGUGGAGGAGGAAUUAUUUAAACAUGUCGGUCUGGAAUUUAUCAAAAAAACGGGCUCUCGAAACAUGUGAAUUCAAUAAUAUGUCGAAAACGCCAACGAUGGGAGCUCGACACCUAAGCAAAUCGACUUCCGAGUUAAGCAGUCCUAGGGAAAUGCCGGAAACUCGCCCGAGAUCAGCUGCUCCUCCUGAAACUUCUCAUCUGUCUGUGUAUCAGAAAGCCCAUAGUUUUUUCGCACAACUAAAGAGUCGUUGGGGGCACAGCAAACGUGAACGUCGUCACAAAUCGCCCGGCCGCCAGGAUUCAACAGAUUACGCCGCCGACCUCAGCAGCGAUCAUUCUACCCCCAGCACGCAAAGUCCGAGGCAUCGACUUCAUGCUCGUACUGACUCGCCUUUAAGUCGUCCCUGUGGCGGCGGUGCAGGCGGCGGCGACACGAGCUCACCGAGCGGCUCUCCUAGACCCCGCGCACCAACCCCCAGCGCCGUGGCCGGUCUCGAUCUUAUACCCUUGAGUUCCAAUGAUGAAAUCACGAGGAGAAGAGAAGCCGCUCUUCGCCAACAUUCUUUCUUCCAGUUACGAGUGCAUUUACGUAAGGGAAAUGGAUUGGUCGCCAUGGAUAAGAACGGUCUUAGCGAUCCAUACGUGAAAUUUAAAUCCGGGGGUCGCUUAAUUUACAAAUCACGGACAGUCUACAGAGAUUUGAACCCAAUAUGGGAUGAAAGCUUCACAGUACCCAUUGAAGACCCGUUUAUUCCAAUCCAGAUCAAAGUAUUCGACUACGAUUGGGGACUGCAAGAUGAUUUUAUGGGGGCGGCGAGUUUAGAUUUGACUGCUUUCGAUUUGGGACGCCCGGUAGAUGUUACUUUAACUUUACAAGAUCCGGAUAGGUCAGAGGCGGCAUUAGGUGAUAUUACUUUGACCGUUACGUUGUAUCCUAAAAGCCAAGAGGACAAAGAACAGUACUAUCAGAAAAACAGUAGAAUAGCAGAUGUAAACAAACGACUGAAAUCCCAAAUCUGGAGUUCUGUAGUAACCAUAGCAUUAGUAGAAGGUAAAAAUCUUUUAGCUUGCGACCCAGAAACGGGAACUUCCGACCCAUACGUAAAAUUUAGGUUAGGCAAUGAAAAGUACAAAAGUAGGAUAGUGUGGAGAUCGUUGAAUCCGAGAUGGUUAGAACAGUUCGAUCUGCAUCUAUACGACGAUGGUGAUCAGCAAUUGGAAAUCACAGUAUGGGACAAGGACAGGUCUCGAGACGACUUUAUCGGAAGGUGUGUCAUAGAUUUAACGAGAUUGGAAAGAGAACGAACACAUAGUUUGUGGCAAGAAUUGGAAGAUGGGGCUGGAUCCUUACAUUUACUUCUUACUAUUAGCGGAACAACCGCCUCCGAAACCAUAUCAGAUCUGACUACUUAUGAGGAGAAUCCCAGGGAAAAAGAGCUCACAAUGAGUCGAUAUCUGUGGCAUCGUACCUUUCAUAACGUCAAGGACGUGGGUCAUCUAACGGUCAAAGUUUACAGAGCCACUGGUCUCGCUGCCGCUGAUUUAGGUGGAAAAAGCGACCCUUUUUGCGUCUUAGAAUUGGGAAACGCCCGCUUACAGACCCAGACUGAAUACAAAACCCUUCAGCCUUGCUGGCAGAAAAUUUUCACUUUCAACGUAAAAGACAUAAACAACGUGCUUGACGUGACAGUCUUUGACGAGGACCGAGACCACAAAGUAGAGUUUCUAGGAAGAGUUAUCAUUCCAUUGCUUAGAAUACGUAACGGUGAAAAGAGAUGGUAUGCGCUUAAAGAUCGGAAACUGAGGAGUAGAGCCAAAGGCAGCAACCCUCAGAUUUUGUUGGAGAUGAAUCUAGUUUGGAAUCCCAUCAGGGCCUGCAUAAGGACUUUGAAUCCUAAGGAGGAGAAAUACAUGCAGAGCGAAGUGAAAUUUAAACGUCAAGUUUUCGUGAGAAACGUUCUAAGACUGAAAGUUUUCAUUAUGUAUUUUUACGAGUUUGGGAAGAUUUUUCAGAACUGCUUCGAGUGGGAAUCUAAAAUUCAGAGUUUCGCAGCUUUGGUUGUUUUUCUUGUUUUAUGUUACUAUUUUCAACCGUGGAUGUUGCCUAUUGUUGGACUGUUGAUAUUUUUGAAACAGUAUAUCGUGAAAGCAUUGGCAGGACCAAAUUCGAUCCCCUGGGAUGAGACCGCUGAUUCGGAUAUCGAAGAUGAUGAAGAUGAGGAUAAGGAGAAGGAAGAAAAGAAAAGUCUAAAAGAGCGUCUUCAGGCGAUUCAAGAGGUAACACAAGGCGUCCAAAAUGCGAUAGGACGUAUAGCAUCUCUUUUGGAAGCUGUAAAAAACACUUUCAAUUUCACCGUUCCCUACUUAUCCUGGAUAGCAAUUACUCUACUAUUGGCUGGUACCAUAGUUUUGUACUUGAUUCCAAUUCGCUAUCUUCUCAUGUUGUGGGGAACUAACAAAUUCUUUCGCCGAAUACUUCGCCCGCACUCGGUUCCAAAUAAUGAAGUUCUGGAUCUUUUAUCUCGCGUUCCCGACGACGAAAUGUUGAUGUGCCUGAAAUUAUUGGCAACAGCGCUGUCCACCCCAUGGGGACAACUAACAGUGUUCGAAUGGUACUUGCAGCUGGACUACAAGGAUCUGAAGAUCCUAAUGUGUGCCGAAACUGACCGACGACGCGAUCCGAAGAAGAAGCACAAAGCCUCCUAGUGGAAAACGAAACUGUUUGUGGGUCUGCGGACUCGUUUUGAUAAAAUCAAAGAAAAGGCUGAUUAAAAUUGUUUACAUUUCUGUAUCGUAGAUUGUUGUAGAAGAACAACCAUGACGCAAUUAUAGUGAGAGUUCUGGUGCCCGCUCGAUUAAUUAUUGAGAAAUUUCUUAUGUUAGUGCUUGGAUUCUGGGCUUUAACGAUAUUAAACGAAUUAUUAAAAGGAGUAAAUUUUAAAAUUUAAAGUGUUGUUGUCAUUGUUGUCGUUGUUAUAUUUCUUGUAUGAGGUCAAAAACGGUAGUUUGACAUUUCGAUUAAGGGAAACGAAGUAGAGCGUUUUUUCUUGUACCAACAUGCGUAGAAAUAGGUUCAUUGGCUUAUUUAUACGUGAAUUAGCGCCAUCGACCUUAAAUUUUAAGAUUUUGUAUUUUUCUACCCACGUAAUUAGUUUUAGAACGUUAAUGUUAAAACAACGCACUUGAGUAAUGUAAAUUUCCGCGGAUUUUUUCGCUAAUUAGUUGCCACGUCUCAAUCGGUGUAUACGCAUUUUAUUGCCCCAACAAUAGUAUAAUAAAUCCCCCUAAUUAACUAAGAAUUUCACAAAGACCUUGUGAGAAAAUACGCGGAAUUUACAUUUCGUGCACCACUAAAUCAACACCAAACUAAACAUGUCCAUUUCAGUUCUUCCAAAAUAUACUUAACUUUAGUUAGAUGAUCAGUCAUUAACUUAGAUUUUUUUUCUUUUGAUUUAGUGCCUAGGUCUACGGAGCCUAAAACUAUUCAACUACUUCCUUUUUAGCCUCGUAACUUUUAUAAGAAAAGUUCUCAACGGGAAAUGGUGCUUAUAAAUUUAUGUAUAGUUUUAACAAAAAAAGUCCUCGACAAAAUCUUUGUCUUUCACUCAAACUUUGUGAUUCAUAAAUUUGUUGUACUUGUUCCAUUCAUGUGUACUUACUAUAAAUGUUUUCGCACAGUACUACUAAUUCAGAUUUUAUUGCACAAUAACGUUCGUUGCGUUAUUUUUGCCAAUUGCAAGGAAGGUGAUAUCGAAUAAUGUAAGAAUUUAAUUAUAUUGUAAUUAUCAUUUUUACUAUUAAAAAAUACAAU